AUGAGCCUGAAGGAGGUUCAGGAGCGAAUCGACCAGCUCUACGGUGACCGGAGCGCGAAGAACCUUCGCGAAGGCAUCCGAAAAGGCUUUAUUUCCGUCGGAAAGGGUGUCUUCGCCGGCGUCGGCGCGCUCGUCGCGGCGCCUAUCGCGGGCGCUGCGCAGGAGGGCGGGAUCGGGCUGGUUAAAGGGACCGUGGCGGGGGUGGCUAGUCUCGUCGUGUUGCCUACUAUAGGAAUAGUACAAGGCGCGCAGCAGUUAGGACAGGGGAUUAAGAACAUGCCGGACGCGGUUCGGGAGAUGAUGAAGAAGGAUAAGUGCGAGGAGGAGGCGGAAAAAGGGGAGAUUCUGGAAGAUCCAGACGUGGAUAAGCUUAACGAACAGACGUAUUCGCACACGCGCGAAACUGUCGAGAAAAUCGCGCUCGAAACGGAAACAGAGGAGGCGACCGCCACGUCAGCGGCGAAGGCUGCUGCCGACGAAGCAGCCGCCACGACAGCCGCGGAAGCGGCGGCCGCGGCGGAGAAGAAGGGGGAGAAGAGGGAGGUUAAGGACGAGGCGCUGUACCUGGUUCUGGAGGUCGCGACGGACGCGUCGUCCGUGGAGAUUAAAAAGGCGUACUACAAGCUAGCGCGCACGUGCCAUCCCGACAAGAACCCGGGGGAUGAAACCGCCAAGGCCAAGUUCCAAGCUGUCGGUGAAGCCUACCAAGUCCUCAUGGACCCCGCCAAGCGCGAGCAGUACGACCGCUUCGGCCGCGCCGCGCUCGAAGACACCUUCAUGGACCCCGGGUCCUUCUUCACCAUGGCCUUCGGUGCAGAGCGGUUCAAACCGCUUGUAGGGGAGUUGACUGUGGCGUACACAGCGGCGGGGAAUCUGACGGUGGAGGAGGUGAAGCGGUGGCAGGCGCGGCGUGAGAGGGAGCUCGCGGACGGGCUGCUGAAGCGGCUGGGGCUGUGGUUGAAGGGGGAUGAAGAGGGGUUUGUAAGGGAGGCUGUAAAGCAGGUGGAUGAGCUCAAAGGGGAGGCGUUUGGUGUAGCGUUCCUGCACUGUAUCGGCUACACGUACUACUCACGAGCGCAGGUGCUGCUAGGGCUUACAGAGUUGCUGGGCAUUCCCGGCUUUGUGAACGCAGUGAAGGAGUCGGGGCACACCAUGAAGACCCGGUACAAUGCAGUUGAUGCGGCACUUAAGCUAUCAGAGAUGAAGGUCAACAUGGACCCUCAGAAGCCUGCUAGCGAGCAGCCCAACAUGCCCGAGUUCCUCAACUCCGUCUGGAUGAUAAGCGUGCUGGACAUAGAGAGUACACUGCGGCACGUGGUGGAGCUUGUAGUGAAAGACAAGACAGCUUCUAAGGAGGAAAGAAAGAAAAGGGCCAGCGGCAUCAUGCGACUGGGGAAGAUUUUCCAAGGGGUGUGA